UCCAUCGCCAGAGGGCGGGCUUUGUUUUGUGCGUCGUAGUAAGGCGUGCUGUAUGAAACGCGGGAACUGGCGGUUCUGAUUAUAAGUUGUGACAUUAUUUUCAGUCGUCAGUAUUUUUAAGAUCAAAUAAUCUAUUUUAACUGUUUUGAUUUCCGUUUGGAUACUAAAAUUACUCUCUCUAUACAGCCGCUGUUUUAAGUAGCUUUAGAGUGGCAGUUUUCCCCGGAAAAGGGGCAGUUUGACAUGGAGUCCUUUCAGAAAGUCGAGAAGAUUGGAGAAGGAACAUACGGGGUUGUUUAUAAAGCCAAGAAUAAAGUCACCGGAGAGACAGUUGCACUAAAGAAAAUUCGAUUAGACACAGAGACUGAAGGUGUUCCCAGCACUGCCAUACGUGAGAUCUCUCUGCUAAAAGAGCUCAAUCACCCAAACAUAGUCAAGUUGCAUGAUGUGAUACACACAGAAAAUAAGCUUUACUUGGUCUUUGAAUUUCUUCACCAAGACCUGAAGAGGUUUAUGGACUCGUCCACUGUCACUGGCAUAUCCUUGCCACUCGUGAAGAGUUACCUGUUCCAGUUGCUCCAGGGACUGGCCUUCUGUCACUCUCAUCGUGUUCUUCAUAGGGACCUUAAACCCCAGAAUCUCCUGAUCAACGCUCAGGGUGAGAUCAAACUGGCUGACUUUGGUCUGGCCAGAGCAUUUGGUGUACCUGUGCGGACUUACACACACGAGGUUGUAACUUUGUGGUACAGAGCUCCAGAGAUUCUCCUGGGAUGUAAAUAUUAUUCUACAGCGGUUGACAUCUGGAGUUUGGGCUGUAUCUUUGCAGAAAUGAUCACUCGGAAGGCUUUGUUUCCUGGAGACUCUGAAAUAGACCAGCUCUUUCGGAUAUUUCGGACACUUGGCACUCCAGAUGAAACUAUAUGGCCUGGAGUCACCUCAAUGCCAGACUACAAACCCUCCUUUCCCAAGUGGGCACGACAGGACCUGUCUAAAGUGGUGCCACCCCUGGAUGAAGAUGGCAGAGACCUUCUUGGGCAAAUGUUGAUCUAUGAUCCUAAUAAGAGGAUCUCAGCAAAGAACGCCCUUGUUCAUCGGUUCUUCCGUGAUGUCACCAUGCCAGUGCCCCCCUUGCGCCUCUGAAGUCAUCCGUGAUGAUCCUUCACAGCACUCGAGUUUGGAUCCACUUUCUGAGAGUUAUUCCCCAUUUCUUUGGAAAUUGAUCAGUUUUAUACUAUUACUUUUUUUCUCCAUUAUUCAAAGAUAAUAUGGUUCUAAUUAAUGAUUUUAAACCAAAUUUCUGAUGGAUUCAUAAAAUAGUGGUCUCUGCAACUUAAUAAACUUGUUACAUUGUU